AAAUACUAGACUACGAGUGGUGAAGUGAGGAAAGGCGAGGGCUCUGUUUCUCUCUCUACGCUGCUAUUCUAUUCGAUUUUUGCUUUUGGCAAUUUUGUUAGUUUCCAGUUAGUAUUGUACCUUGCAAUGGCAGAUGCUCAUGAAACGGAUAAAAACAUUGAGAUCUGGAAGAUCAAGAAGUUGAUCAAGGCAUUGGAAGCUGCUAGAGGCAAUGGCACUAGUAUGAUAUCUCUUGUCAUGCCUCCCCGUGAUCAAAUAUCAAGAGUUACUAAGAUGCUUGGGGAUGAGUUUGGAACUGCUUCAAACAUUAAAAGCAGGGUCAAUCGUCAAUCUGUUUUAGGUGCAAUCACAUCCGCACAGCAGAGACUGAAGCUGUACAACAAGGUUCCUCCUAAUGGACUUGUGCUGUAUACAGGUACCAUUGUGACUGAAGAUGGAAAGGAUAAGAAGGUGACAAUUGAUUUUGAGCCUUUUAGGCCUAUUAAUGCAUCUCUUUACCUAUGUGACAACAAGUUCCAUACGGAAGAUAUGAAUGAACUGUUAGAAUCCGAUGACAAGUUUGGUUUUAUUGUCAUGGAUGGAAAUGGUACCCUUUUUGGCACAUUAAGUGGCAACACCCGAGAGGUGCUUCAUAAAUUUACUGUUGACCUUCCAAAAAAACAUGGAAGAGGUGGGCAAUCAGCACUUCGAUUUGCUCGUCUUAGAAUGGAGAAGCGUCACAACUAUGUGAGGAAGACAGCAGAGCUAGCCACACAGUUUUUUAUAAAUCCUGCCACCAGCCAGCCCAAUGUUGCAGGAUUGAUACUUGCUGGUUCUGCUGAUUUCAAAACUGAGCUUAGUCAGUCUGACAUGUUCGAUCCCCGUCUUCAGGCCAAACUACUGAAUGUAGUGGAUGUUUCUUAUGGAGGAGAAAAUGGUUUCAAUCAGGCAAUAGAGUUAUCAUCUGAGAUCCUAUCCAAUGUGAAGUUCAUUCAGGAGAAGCGCUUGAUAAGCAAAUAUUUUGAGGAGAUCAGCCGGGAUACUGGGAAGUAUGUCUUUGGUGUUGAUGACACACUGAAAGCCUUGGAGAUGGGUGCUGUUGAGAUUCUGAUUAUGUGGGAAAAUCUUGAUAUUAAUAGGUAUGUGUUGAACAACAGCAAUACAACUGAGAUUGUCAUAAAACACUUGAACAAGGAGCAAGCGACUGAUCAGAGCAACUUCAGGGAUUCAGCCACCUCGGCCGAAUUGGAGGUUCAAGAAAAAAUGUCACUGCUAGAGUGGUUUGCCAAUGAGUACAAGCGCUUUGGUUGUACACUUGAGUUUGUCACCAACAAAUCACAAGAGGGAUCCCAGUUCUGCAGAGGAUUUGGUGGGAUAGGUGGAAUCCUUCGUUACCAGCUGGAUAUGAGAUUAUUUGACGAGGUUUCUGAUGAUGGAGAAAAUUAUGAGGAUUCAGACUAGCAAUCAAUCAUUUUUUCCCCAUUGCUGGCACAGGGGGAUGGGGUAAAAUGCCUGCACUGGUGUGUGAGAUCUCAGGCUUCUUGCAGCUGCUCCUAUGGUGAUGCCCGAAAAGUUUCAUGGAAGUUUAAUCAAGCAUUGAGGAUUGUCUGGCUGGAAGGACACAGGACAUAUCAAUUACUUCUAACCCUUUUGCUCGGAGGAGAUUGUGUUGAAGCAUGCUUUCAUUUUGUAUCAGCGUGGUUGUUGAUUGGGCCGAGGGACGCAGAUACAUGCAUCAAUAUUUGGGGAAACAAUGAAUGGUGGUAAAAGGUUUAUACUAUAGUUGUUCCGUGGCAGGAGUACCUGGUAAACAAUGUCAUACAUAUUAGUUCUGAAACUUAUGAAUGUGGCUUGAUACAGCGAAUUCAAUGUGUUUCUGAACCACUAAGAAUGAAAUAAGAAGACCCUUCUUCUGCAGGAUGAUCAGCAGAUGGAUGGACUGAUUUUGGAUUGUCUUUGUUGUAGUUCUCUGAACAAUUCCCAAGAUUUGGGAUGUUCUUUGUUGGGGUUCUCUGAACUAUUCCCUGAGGAAGGAAGUAUCUUAAUAAAAUGGUUUGUUGGUAUACUGCGA